GCCGCCGGUGGUACGCCCGCCGGCGGUGAAACCCUCACGCCGCUCGAGCAAGAAGUGUUGGAUGAGUAUGCGCGGUUGGUUGGGAACCUCAACAACAUGUCAACGCUCCUAGCAGAGCUCUCGACCACACCCUCGACAGAGAUCCUGCAAGCGCUGCGGGGACUGGAGCGGAAGACGAGUCUGGUGUUUACGCUGCUGAAUGCGAGUGUGUAUUCUAUUGUGCUGCAGCAGCAGAUGUACGGGCAGGAGGGGGGCCAGGGGGAAUGA